AUGGGGGCCACAGGAACGGGAAAAUCCGGUCUCUCAGUUGGCCUUUCCACCCAUUUUCGAGGAGAAAUAAUCAACUCGGAUAAAAUGCAUGUUUACAAGGGACUUGAAAUUAUUACAAACAAGAUCACACACACUAUGAAAGAAGGUGAAAUUGAACCAUAUUCAGACUUCAAAGCUGAAAAUUUUUGUUUGCAAGCUGUCGUCUAUAUAGAAAAAAUACUGAAGAGUCAACGUAUUCCAAUUAUUGUUGGAGGGUCAAAUUCAUAUAUUGAAAAACUUGUAGAAGAUCCUGUGUUCAUGUUCAAAUAUAAGUAUGAUAGUUUCUUUAUUUGGAUUGAUGUUGAGCAAUCAGUCUUGAACAAUAGAGUUGACAUGAGGUUUGAUCAAAUGGUCAAAGCAGGGCUAGUGGAUGAGGUGCGACAAAUUUUCAUUCCAGAUGCAGAUUACACCAAAGGAAUCCGAUGGUCCGUCGUUGUCCCUGAAAUUGACAGAUAUUUAAGGGAAAAAACAAAUAUAGACGGAGAUGAUGAAUCAAAGCAGAUGAUUAUUCAAGUUUCAAUUUAA